CUGGUAGAAAAUCACUGAAAGAAACUCUUGUUCACUUUCACAUUUGGAUGAGAGAUUCUGAGAUCUGAAGACACAUUCAGCCGACCAGCACCUCACCGCUCACACUGCAGACAUGAAGUUUGUGAUCCUGUUGGCUGUCUUCAGUGGGGUUUUUGCCGCACCGUUUGUGAAAGAAGAGGAGGCAAAGCGGUUCAUCAGACUGAAGAGACAGUCAGGAUACUGGGAUCCACACCAUUCUCAGAACCAGUGGGGUUACACCGUUCAGGAACAGGCUAAUGAGUACUAUACAGCCCUCCGAACAGAUGCUCAGUACUACAUGGACAUGAGCAACCUGAUGUUUGACCGCUCUGUGGCUACUGAAAACAACAGGCUCUAUAUGGAGAUGCUCCGCAAUGCACGAGCUCACCUGGACAGUCUGACGGGUCGACAGAGGUAGAAAACAAGAGGAAGACCGAGGAGGUGUAACAUCACAAUGGUACUUCAGCAAAGCCCCAACAUUUGAUUGAUUUAUAGAAAUACAUAUUAAUAUGUUCUAUAUUCUGAGCCUCAAUCAUGAACUAUUUUUGUAAAAUAAUGUUUUAGUUUUGUAUUUAGAUACAACUAAAUAUCUGUGCUGGUUGUGCAAGAACUAUUUUUUUUCCAACAUUGUUCUUAUAAGAAUAUGAAAUGUGCUCAUUAUUAAGCAUGGCAAUGUGAGGAAAAGAAUGAGUUUAUAAAAUAACAAUCCCAAUGAUCAUUUAAUAAUAAAAAAAAGUUUGUGCCACUGCAAAAAAGCGCAAUUUUCAUUUAAUACUGAUAUUGUCUUGAAAUAUUAUUGCGUGCAGUUAAUGAAAAUAUUCUCACAGUGGAAAAAGGACUCAGACAAAAAACUGCUUUUACAUGAGAUCAGGAGAAAUGAAUCAUGCUUGUUGUACAUUUGGUGUUUUAAAUCUUGUGAAUUCUGAUGGAAAGUGAGUUUUUAUUUAAAGGCAUGAUAUGAAGAAAGAAGCAUUUAUUUCACAAGACAUUUUAGAAAAAAAUUGAGUUUUGCAUUCUUUGAUGUCUUUCAGGGGGUUGCUGAGGUUUAACACUCGAUGGUGCUGUCAAUUGCACAUACUUAGAGUGCCUGUAUAAUCAGAGUGGCUACAACUGGGGAUUUGACGCCAUUUUGUUUCCAUUCACUCAAUAUGGGAAGCGCAGCGCAAGGUGCACAUUCACGAAAACUAUGGAUUGUUUACUGAUUUCAAGACAUGUUUUGGACAAAAUAAUUUAGUGGCUUGUUUUGUCUGGAUGUCCAAGGUUGGAGUAUGGCCGUUGUUUGUGGAAUAUUUUCAUCUGUGACUAGUUUUGAGCCUUCAAAGGUGAGUUGUGCUGUUUACGUUAUUUGCUGUUUGUUGGACAAAUGUG